AUGCAACCGAGCGAAUACGAUCAGGUACUAUCCGACCCCCAACAAGUUCGCGAGCGCAUCAUUGGAAGCAAAAUUGUUAUUGCGUUAGAACAGUGCAUGCUCUUUGUGACCUGGGGGGUGAAAGUCUGCCUAUUGAUACUCUACUGGCGGAUCACUAAGAACCUGCCCUCGAACCUCUAUGUCAAGAUUCUCGCCGGUUAUGUGGCGCUCGGUUUCGUCGUGAUUAUGGUCACAUACUAUGCCGUGUACUGCCGACCUUUCUCGCAAUAUUGGGCGUUGCCAGUGUCGAAUUUACAGUGUGCCACGUACCAACACUAUUCAAUCACACAGGCGGUUUUUAACAUCUCAUCGGAUGCCUUUAUGUUUGCCAUUCCGAUACCGCUUAUCGUCAAAGCGAGACUUCCAUUACGCCGGAAGAUGCUGCUACUCUGCGUGAUGAGCUUAGGUCUUUUCACAAUCAUUGCCGCCAUCCUGAAUAAAUACUUCAACUUUGCCUCCCCCUUGACCACAGUGUACCAGAUCUGGUAUAUACGUGAGUCUAGCACUGCCGUCUUUGUCGCCAAUAUGAUGUGCUGGUGGCCGCUCCUUCGGAAGCUGUUCGGUCUGAGAGCCUUCCAGUACCACAGCACCCCUGGGCGGCCAUCCCGAGGCACCGACAACAAGGAAAGCCAUCCCUACUCGAAGGCUGCUAGCUCGCAGUCCCGUGCAUCCUUUUCGUUAACCCGCCCCUUUCGUCUCUCUCGACUCGGUUUACGCAGCUCGGAAAACGGUCUCACGCUCCCUGGACACAACAAUACAGGACGCUCUAGCCAAGAGGCGAUAAAUCAGUCUACGGGUGGAAACGCAGAGGAUCAGGAUCCCGUCGAUAAUAUUCCGCUCCGAGUUUGGGGCAAGGGCAAUGAACGAGGCACGGAUGUUGAAAAUAUCGCAAUCCAAGAAUCGAUUGCAAGGUUUGAACAACGGGAUCACGGAGCAGAGGUACCUCUUGGGGAUCGAAUUUACUAUACUCGCGAAUUCGACAUCCGCUCUGACUCCAGGACCAGACACUUCCCUACAUGA